UUCAAGCUGGGCAGAGUCGUGGUUGUUAUCCGUUUGUGUCAGCGUGGCUCAAGCGUGUCUAAGUGUGUUGCCCUGGCAAUCCCUGGCAGCAAAAUGACGGAGGUGCAAUACGUAGGGUGGUUCUUCGAAGUGUUCCCCCUAGUUGGGGAGCGUGUGUGUGAUCGGGUGCCGCAAGAGCACAGAGCAAGAGCCUUUUGGCAGCAUGAUGUUCCCCAGACGUUUGAGAAUGUGCACCGGAAGGCGGCGCAACAAAGAGCUUGGGCCUGGCAAUUCUGGGAGGACCUUCAGGAGAGUUUUCUAUGGUGUUGUCAUCCAUUGCUGGGAGAUGAGCUUCAAGUUUGAGGCACUACAAUGCAGUGGUGGCCUCAGACAUGUCGCGGGAAUCCAUUUUCGGAAUCUUCUCAACCGUUCUCGACUACUUCUUCCAGCAGGGUUUCGAAAAAGUCAAUCAUUGAUUUGAAGGACAACAUUGUAAACUGCUCCAUUGACACCUUUGAGGCAGCUGGAACUGAUUUGUUGCCCACUCCUUCCAAGAGUCAUGACACCUUCAACUUGCGAGACAUCUGGAAAGUCUCCCAGGGAAUCUGCUCUUUGAAAUCGAAGAAGGUCUCAGAUCCUCUUGUGACACGGUGUUUCUGUCACGAAAAUGUGCGGGUCAUUGCGGGUCUAUGGUGACCGUUUAACCACCGACGAAGAUCGUGCGUGGCUGCGGAAGUUGGGUGGCCAGCUCAGUGCGACUGGGAUCGACCCUACAGUCUUCGACAGUCUGAGCGCCUCUUCGCAGAUCUUCGACAAAGUUCCUCUGGAGAUCGUUUUAUCCGGAGGUUGACAGAUGUUGACAGUAUGGGUGCCAUGAAGACCAUUAUGGAAGGCUUCUUGGAUGACUACAACAUGUCCGACCUGCUGUAUCACAGGCAGAGGGUGCUAAAUGCAAAGAUCUCACCACUGCAGGUUCACCAAUUGAGCGGAUUCCAAGAACGUGUGCGGUGCUUUGAUACAGGGAGACUCCUUUGCCUCUCUCAAAGGCCUUUGAGACCAGAAAUGGUUCAGACGCAUUUCAAAGUCUAUUUGAUUUCUUCUGUAUGCGCUCCUGAAAACGUCUUGCAGACAAAAA